CUGCGAUGUAAAAGUGUAUUCAUGUUGACACAGAGCGAUUUUCUAGAUAAAGCGAUUUUCUUAGAAUGUGAAGUCGAUCAUUGUUACUCAUCCUCUCAAGCGGAGGACGACUUAGCCCAUCCGUAAGUAUUCCGCUACUCCCUCGUCUCAUAUAAGGAUUGUGAGAACAAUUUGUUUGGCUUCACAUUCACCCUUCCCCGUCGUUCUUACCCUCCUCUCCACCCAAGAAUCCUUUUUUGACUGCUUGAAGAUACCUCUACAACUUCUCCUUAUCUCCUGAAGUUACUUGAUAUCUCUUUACUUCUCCGCCCCUUUCCUUUCCUGUCCUGUCCUGUCCUUUCAUCGUCUCCUUUCCUUUCAUACCUCUCUACCCGACAACGAAGACGGAGAAGUUCGCGUCCGACUGCAUCUUGAGAACUCGAACCUCGGUUGGCAGUCCGAGCUCUCAGUAACGCAGACAAACUUGCCCUACAUGUACAUGCUCUCGCUUUUUCUGCAUUUCUUGGCGUUCUUCUGGUGGACCACGAAAUACAUGUCGCCUUCCGUUAAGCCGUCACCUAUCAUCUUCUUGAGGAUGUUUUGAAGGGAGAAUAGAGGAUGUUUUGAAGGGAAAAACUAAAAGAAACGGUCCUAGGAUGCAUCGUAUCUUCCUCGAGAUGGACUUUUAUAGUGAGCUUUAAUUCCCGCUAUAAUGGAGAAGAAGUCAAUGGCUACGGAGUGUCAUCUUCUGGUCUACUGAUGCUUCAGUCGUCCACUUCUACAACUACUUCUACAACUACUUCUUCUACGUCAUCUUCCGUAAACGGAGCAAGUAGCUCACGUGCUGCCGCCCUAAGGGAACUGCAGUUGCACGACGUCACUGGAGCACCUUCAGACGGCAGUUAUGUCCUCAACGAAGGUCCUCAAGCACCACAGAAAGCUCUAUUCAGUCGACUCUUCUUGUUGCUUCGGUAUCGACAAUUCCUGGCUUUUCCACUCGGCGCAUUGACGACGAACGCCAUAUCGUGUCUCUUCUACGUACUGUUCUUUCUCGUUUUGUUAUGAAGACCAGGACUAAACCUAAGGCUAAGGCACUUCUAAAAGUAUUAAAAUCUCUGGAGAAAGGUCGUUGUUGUUCUUCCUAAAGAAACUCAACUUUCAUCUUGAGAUUGAUCUCAAUGAGCUGCACUUCCUGUUGUUACCUCUAUGCUUCUGCCACCACGACCACUCUGUGAGUGAAAAACGUGUCCUCUGCAACACGUUCAGCACUGAAUACAACCUGCAAGUCCACAUCUGAAUACAACCUGCACUGAAUACAACCUGCAAGUCCACAUCUGAAUACAACCUGCACUGAAUACAACCUGCAUGCUUCUACACUGAAUACAACCUGCACUGAAUACAACCUGCAAGUCCACAUCCUUCAUGCUUCUGCAGUACUGGUCAUGCAGUCGGCUUUCUAGAAGUGAUAGGGUUUUUAGCGUGGCAAAUUGCUAUGCUGCUGAUUUGGACAGGCUUUUGGAUCCUUGCGACAGGCGCAAGCCCAGGCGUCCUAGGGAGAUACGAUUAUCGAGUUGGAUCUUUACUAUCGAUGUUAUGGGUGACAAAGAUACUAGUAGUGAUACAGAUGAAUAGGGAAUACGUGUAUGUGAUACUAGAAUAAGAUGAUAGUGAUACAGAUGAUAGUGUUAGUGAUACUAGGAUAGGGAAUAAGAGAGAGUAAUGAUAGUGAUACUAGAAUAGGGAAUACGUGUACGAGAGAGAUGCAGAAGCAAUCAUGAUUGUUUGAUGUAGCUGCACUUCUUUGUUUGUACUAAAGAAGAUGCUACACCCCGUGAGUGGGUACAUCAAUCAGUCAAUCAAUCUUUCAAUCAAUGCAGAAGCAGUUGAAGGCGCUCUUGCGGUACAGUGUAAUAAAGGUCUUCUAGUUCAUCAGGUCGUGAAGACCAAGAUAGUAGGUACGUAGACCAGCAAGUAGAAGGCCAGUGUAGCAGCUCUAUAGAUUCAUUUUCGUUCCAGCAAUUCGUGCCUCACUUGCAAUUACCAUCGUGUUCCUUCACGUUCUAAUCUCCCGCGCCAAGCUGUACCUGUUCAUGCUCAAAUUGACUCUCCUGUCCAUCAUAUGCGAUUUUUACCUCGAUACCGAUGCUAAGUUGGGGAAUUUCCUUUAUUCUGGGACUUCCGCCCGUUCGAAUUCGUUUUCAGCACCAUGGGUCAUGGUCAACCCACAACGGGCAUCUAGUACAGAAGAUGGAGGAGAACAUGUACAUGAACAUGAUACAUUAAGGGUCAAUUACGUAUUUCAUUUCUACAAGCUACGUAGUUUCCCUAUUUCCUUCCUAGGAUUGGGAGAAAUGUAGGCAAGAAGUGAACUGCUUUGAGCUCUAAACACAACAACAGCCUCAGCAUCAUCUUCAUCGUCGUCCUCAGGGACGUCUACUGCAACUACUAGGAGUAGAGACGAUCACGACAUGCACCUGCAUGCAAACAGCGAUAGUACGCUGACGAAUAGCGUUUUAGCGGUUUUUGCUCUGAUCAUCAACUUUCUUGGACGAAACCUGGGAACCAUAGUGUGGUUGGGUUAUUUCUGUUAUGAUCGGUAUCUUUGUCCAGAAUGAAGAACAUAGAAGUGCUGUCCUCGUUGUAGUCAGUAUGAAUUUAGUGAAACGUUCUAAGAAAGUAUACAAAAGUUAUCUUGCAGCUCAAAUGAUGUUGUCUCGUCUCUCAAAUUUGAAUUUGAAAUUUCAAACUUCAAUUGUUUCUAGUUGAUAUCCCUAAAUUUUCAGUUAUAUGUACUUUUUUGCAAAUUCAUUUCCUGAUGAAGAGAUUGACAAAGAUUGUGAAUGUUGGCCACAGUCAGGGCAAUCGUCACCUUUCCACUACUUUCUGAUGUAUAUUGCACAUGUAGUAGCAAUAGAACAAACCUACAGGCUACAGCAUUCCUACUUCUUGUACUAUCUAGUAGUUGUAGUAGUUCAGUAACAACUACCACAACAACUACCCCUACUACAUCAAGUAGGUACCAUUACCCCUUCUUCGACUGCGUCUAUCAUCAAUCACGGUCUUGAUCUGUAUAGUAGUUGUACGCAUUAUGCUUAUACUGGUACGUCGCCCAGAAUUCGAGCUUGAUUUGCACACUCGUCUAACCGCUCUUGUUUCUCUGGCUAUUGUCCGUUGUGUCUGAUGUACACGGCGGUUCUACGUGGAACGUGUCGCAGAGUCGCUGGUUUUUCAGCUUUCUGACCUUGUCUGGAGUCUGGUACUUGAUCCAGUAUUUGCUUCCUUUCGCUUUAAUUAAGGCUUUAGGAAAUCUUAGGAUGGCCUCACAAGUAGACAUUAAUAAUAGCUGCAUGAGAGGCGCCAUGACAUGACAUUAGGCAGACUGCCGAGUAGAUUCACAGCAUCCACGCUUCAAGAAGUCCAAUCUCUAAUGUGAGUCUGUUCGUAGAGCAGAACUUGGGUCUAUCGCGUUACGUUGUCGGCGUCGACCUGCUUGCCCGCUGUUUCGGGGUAUCAGUAGUGCUUUAUCUCUAUGCGCUGUAUGAUGGAAAUUUCGGCUCGUCUAGUAGUGCAAGAGCUCCAACAGGAGCAUUGUACCCUGCACCAGCAGCACUAUUUUCAGCAACGACGACGACUUUAUUGGGGAGAUCGACAAGUAGUGGGUCAUCGUCCUCUGGCUCUUUGGCACUGCCGUCACCAGGUCCUGUAGGGGGUCCUUCUACCGACGAUCCUUCUGGUCCAACCAAUAACUACACACAACAACAGCAUCACCACCUCCCACGCAGUGUCUUCAAUAGUAGCAGCACAAAGACCAACGUCGUGAAAACCUCUACUACAUCAACAACCACUUUAUCAAGAAAGCAUGACGGGAAGAAGUAUCAGAGAGGACCAACUAGUGAGGAUAAUGGAGAUGUUGCUGCUGGUGGAGACGAAGACUCUGGUGGAUCUGGAGAUCCUGGAGGAUCGCCAGCCUUUCCUCCUAAAGGGCAUCCAAAAGCUGUCGUGGCAGCGGAUUGAUAGAUUUUUGUAGGAUCAUUCAAGGUUACUGGCCGCAGGCCUUCUGAUCAUGACCCCCACCGGACUGCUGCUCAGACGUGCACCACAGUCAUAUACGAGUUACGUCAGAAAUAGGAUUCUGAACAACAAAAUCGAAAUCUUUGAUUGAUAAAGAUGAAUUGCAUCCUAUGCUCCUCCCA